AUGGGAUUCAACGUCUCCGAGGCCAUCUGGAGGUGGAGGUGCAGGACGUUUGGAACUGGCGACAAGAUCAAGCCUCGCUCACAGGCUCGAAACAGCGCGAGCGCCCCUGAAGAGAACGUCCAGGGAGCAGACGCGCUUAUCAAAAUCCUCUAUGAGGCCAAAGACAGCCGCGAGGACAACCGAAGAUGGGUAGAUUACCCCCCUAAGCAGCUCAGCAAGAGUGUGUCCAGGGCCCAGGAUCGAGCAGCCAUCAAAGUGUACAAGAUCGUGGACCCAGACAAGCCCGUCAUCAGCGGCCGCCCUACACUGAAAUACUUCAAGAUUACCGUCCAGAGUCCCCUCCUGGUUGCUGCACUUAAGGACAUCGUUGAGAAAGAUGAAAUAUACCUCGAAAAGACAGAGGCAGCAGAGUUCACCACCCCCUUUGCGCCGCUCUACUUCAAUGCAGACGAAAUUGCGGCGCUGCUCAAGGAUGCAGGCAAAGGCACCCCUUUCCGCGAGCAUCUCGAACUCCUCCUGACCUUGAUGGAUGACAUGUUUGCUGAAACUCGAAGUCGUAUCCAGCCGUUACAGGCCAGCGGCCUUGCCUCGUUCAAUCUGCUCUGGGCUUAUUUUCCUACUGGUGCCCCAGUAUAUAUCUGGCAAGGAGAUUGCGAGUUCCUCGGCAAAGUUAUCAAUACCGAAAUUAUCAAGUGCAAUUCGCGAUCAGUAAUGCGCCUACGUUGCAAUAUCAUGAAGUUUGAUGGUCAAGAUUACGUCUGGGACGAGUAUAAGAGUGUAAUCUGUGCCUUUGAGGGGAAUAUCCCCAUCACAGAUUUAUCCUUCUACCCGCUCAGGUUCCAUGAUGAUCCAGAGGCCGUCAAGUCGCGCCUGAUAAAGCGAGCGAGAAAGUCGCUUGAGUAUCAGGGGCUUUCUUAUGGUUCUUACACUGGUGUAGCUCUCUAUAAGAGCAAGGACGGGAUGAUCAAGCACAAUGUGGAUGGUAGGAUUCUGAUUGAUGUUGUUGGAUACAAUAAGCACCAUGAGGCUCAAAGAAACCCUGAAAACGGAGUUGAGAAUCCAAUUAAACGCAAAACGCGUAUUCUUCCAACGGAUAAGGACCCCGAGACUGAGAAGUUCGUGUUGCAUAUAACUGGGCCAAACAAUGCCAGCCUUACCGGUGGAGCUAAACCGAAGACAACAAAGCACAUUUCAAUAGAAGAACAGGAAAAGAACAAAAAAGGAAUACUUGGUCUAGGGGAUGAGAUGAUGUAUAUGUGUCCGUUCCUCGAGGGCUUCGCCCUGAAAAAUAAGGAGUGGCUCAACUUUUAUGUCGAGGAUAUUGAACAGGUCAAGUGGAAUGAUGAGGCUUAUGAUCACUUGGUAUAUGACGAACAGCAGAAGGACCUGAUACUAUCCUUUGUUGAACACCACUAUAGUUCGAUGAAGAUGUCGGAUGAUGUCAUAACUGGGAAAGGUCAAGGAUUGAAUAUUCUCCUCUCCGGACCUCCUGGCACAGGAAAAACCCUCACUGCCGAAGCAGUUGCUGACAGAUGCCGCAAACCCUUAUUUUACCUUCAGGCUGAGGACCUGGGCAUCCAGGCGGCAGAGUUGGGAAAUAACAUCAAAAAGGUAUUCGAGCUGGCCCUGGAAUGGAACGCUGUCAUCCUCCUUGACGAAGCAGACGUCUUCAUGGCAGAGCGUAACCCAAACGACAUCCACCGCAAUGAACUCGUAUCCAUCUUCCUCCGCGAACUCGAGUAUUACCGUGGUGUCAUCUUCCUGACUACUAACCUUUACGAUACCAUUGACACAGCCUUCAGAUCUCGCAUAAACCUCCAUCUGCUGUUCAAAUCGCUAUCCCCGUCCGCCAGACUUCAGGUUUGGACCAAGUUCCUGAGCCGGCUGCCUCCUUUGCCUGCCACGGCGGGCCGCAACGAGGAGAAGAGCGCCUUGGAUGAUUUGAACGAGGAACACUUGAAAGAGCUUUCCAUGUGGCAGCUGAAUGGACGUGAGAUCAAGAAUGCAGUCAAGAUGGUGAAGUCAUGGUGCGACCAGAAGGGCUAUGACAUGACUCUUUCGCGCAUGGAGAGUGGUAUUAAAGUCUCCGCGCCCCAGGCCACAAAACGAGAUUUCACUAAACCGAUGGAUUUGUAUGAUUGA